AUGGCCAAGACCCUCCUAGAUCUAGUCAAGGAAUGCGAUAGCUUCCCUUACUUUGAAGACAACGCAGAAUACUAUCUCAGUCAUCUCAAAAACUAUCAUGCUUUUAAAGUCAAUGGCUGCGAUGCCGUGCUAGGGUAUCUCCCAAACACUAUUGUAGAGAAAUUCCAUUGGAUAGAGAAUGACUGGCAAGUCGAUGCUACUUCUCGCACCGUGACGCUGAUGGCUGCCCCUGGCGCAACCCCCAAAGCCCGCACGGAAAUCAUGUCCCGCUUGCUAGCAGAGGCUGUCCGUCGACAGACUUUUGAGGUGCUGAACGGAUGGCGCCAUGAAAUGUACCCUAUAUAUGGUCCAGGGGGCGAGUUUCUACUUGAAAUGGAGCGAUCUGCUAGUCCCCUGUUUGGUAUCACCACCUAUGGCGUUCACAUGACGGGCUACGUGGAGGAUGAACAGGGGAUUAAAUUCUGGGUAGCCCGCCGGUCGAAAACGAAGCAGACAUUCCCAAACAUGCUAGACAAUACGGCUGCUGGUGGCAUGAGCACGGGUGAGCACCCGUAUGCCUGUGCCAUUCGUGAAGCUGCAGAGGAAGCGUCCAUCCCAGAAUCAGUGUUUGCCGAACGCGCAAAGUCGACUGGGGUCGUCACAUAUUUCUAUAUCCGAGACGCUCGCGCUGGCGGCGAGACUGGGCUACUUCAGCCUGAAGUAGAGUAUAUUUACGAUGUCCAGCUGGACGCUAGCCAUGUCAUUAAGCCAUGUGACAGCGAAGUCGAAGACUUCCGGCUCUGGACGCUGGAUGAAGUGAAAGAAUCACUCAAAAGGGGCGAAUGGAAACCUAAUUGUGCUACGGUGAUGAUUGAUUUCUUUAUUCGACAUGGUAUAUUGACUGCGGAGAAUGAGAAGGACUAUAUGGAGAUUGUGGCGAGAAUACACCGGCGACUACCGUUUCCUACGGCCACAUAUAAUUGA